UAUUAUCCUGUCAAACAAAUAACAUGACAGUUAUUUUUUACACUUUGUAAAAUAAACACAACAUGAAACUGGCGAUAAUAUUCAUGCUUCUCUAUCUUGCGUUAUUCGACAAGGAUGAUUCGGUGGAAGCCAUCUUUUCAUCAAAAGUAAACAAGUUAAAAAAUCGCGCAAAGGACAUGUAUAAGAAGCAUUUUAAAAAAGAGAAGAAAUGGCACUUUAUGGGACAAGAUCCGGCAUUGUACCCCGGAACAAACGACAAAUACAAACAAGAAAACGCAGCCAAAUGGGAAGAUUAUUAUAAUUGUCUACGCGAACAAGAAAAAAGUAUUGGCGAACAUGGCACUCCGAUUCCCGAAGCAACACAGGGUUUCGAAGGCGGCCAUAUUAAGUUCCAAUGCAAUUUUUGCUUAAGUCCACCGGAAGCAGAAAAAAUCGAUACAAUCGAAUGGUAUUUCGGAGAAGUCGGACAGUCGUAUCUUUCUAUAGUAUUCUACAAUGAGCACAUACUCCUCUCGCCCGAAGACAAAACAUUACACAUUUAUAACUUAAAGCAAGAGCAUUCGGGACAAUACGUUUGCAUACUGGGCGACAGUGCCACAGUACCAUAUUAUUUGAACGUGAUGUCCGGCGAAAGCAAGCUACUUGAAGUGCACACACCGUCGGCAACUUCAGGCCCAUAUCCAAAACAACCGGAAGCUCUGUCGGAAUAUAAUUUAGUGUUGGACACGGAAUGGGGCGAUUGGUCUGAGUGUAGCAGAUGUAAGGAGGUGGGCAAACGCCAUCGAUUAGGCUACUGUAAUAUUCUGUAUCAGAACGUGAAGAAACGCGAUACUGUACUCGGGAAAAUAAAGCAGGCAUUCACAAACGACAGCUUUACAUUUGAUACGCCAAAAAUAAUGAAAAAAGAAAACAACUCUGUGCUUCCAAUGCACAUCGAGCUUGUCAAAGUAUUUCAAUACGGCAUUCCAUGCUCUUCCUACAUCCUCCCGCAAAGCAUCAAAAACUUGGAACAAGUACGAAACCGCAGUAAUGAAGUUAUGGUUGGAUAUUGUAAGAUUCCGUGCCCGAAAGAUAAAAUAUUCGUGGUGAAAGACAAACACGGCCACGAAAUUGAACGCGCAAACAACUCGGCGGGAAUUUACUCCACACUGCAAGGCGUCCCACCGACAACUCCUGAAGUUGAAAGAGUCGUGCAGUACGAGAAACGAGAUACCAACGUUUUAAUAGUUUGUCCAGGUAAUUUGAACUCCGAUUCGCCGAUAAAAUGGUUAGUCCAAGGCAAAGAGAUUAUCGCCGAAGUGAUAGCUGAAGAGUCACACGGUCGAAUUUAUAUAAGUUUGUUGGAACGCAUUCAUAUCAAGAAGUCUAAAGUUUCCGAUUCUAAUCUCUACAGUUGUUGGCAAAACAACGAAUUAGCCGGAACAGUCCGAUUGAUUGUCGAGAACAAAAUGAAACUAACAUUCAAUCACCAUAUCAUGCUGUUCGGAAUGCUGUUGAUAUUGUCGGUGUUCGCGUAUGUAUUUUUGAAAGCAGCAACGAACCGGAAACACUCGGCGGCUGCGUUGAAAUAAUCGCAUUAAAAUAAAUAUUUGACUUACUGUU